AUGUGUGUGUCAACAUCCAACAACAUUGAUGCGACCCUUAGAAAGUUUUGGGACUUGGAAGAAUUGCCUGCGGUUCACCAUUUAAGUCCAGAUGACAAAAUCGCCGAAGAAAUAUACAUCUCAACCACCACUCGUCUUAGUUCAGGUCGUUUUAUGGUUACUCUGCCUUUCCGCCAACCAUCUCCUGUGCUCGGUGACUCCAAAUCUCAGGCUCAUCAACACUACAAGGCUCUUGAGACUCGAUUGACUAGACACCCUGAUCUUCGUAAACAGUACACAGAAUUUAUGCAAGAUUACUUGUCAUGUGGGCACAUGGAACUUGUACCAAUGGGAGAGCGUGACAAUCCACUUAACUAUUAUAUACCACACCAUUGUGUCAUAAAGCCUGAUAGCAAAACAACCAAAUUGCGUGUUGUAUUCAAUGCUUCAGCCCGUACUUCAACCGGAGCAUCUCUGAAUGAUAGUCUGUACACCGGUCCGAAGCUGCAACCAGAUAUCCAAAUUGUACUGCUGCGCUCUCGCCUGUGGAAGUAUCUUUUUAUGGCUGACAUCAAACAGAUGUACCGCCAAAUCUUAGUUCGACCGGCAGAUCGAGACUAUUUACGAAUACUGUGGCGUUUCUCUCCCUCAUCUCCUGUUGAUGAAUAUCGACUCUGUACUGUUACGUACGGUACGUCCGCAGCCCCUUUUCAAGCUCUGCGGACAAUUCGUCAUCUUGCGAGCCUAGACGGCGCUACUUGGCCGGUCGCGGCGAACGUGUUACUCAACGAUACUUUUGUUGAUGACAUUCUAACUGGCGCGAACUCUGAAGAAGCCGCUCUCCAAUGUCAAGACCAACUGAUAAACCUUUGUUCACUCGCCCAAUUUGAGCUCCGAAAAUGGGCCAGUAACAAUGUACACAUUUUGGAGACGGUCCCACCAGAAGCUCGUGCAAU